UCUUCACCUUCUUUCUUUCUCCCAUUCAUGCCCUUCUCUUCUUUCUUCCUUAUUUCAGCGUCAAAACAAACUAACUAUUAAUCAUUUAGAAAUCAAACAUAGUCUUCGCAUAGCUUUGCUUUCUGAACCACUUUAACAUCAAGAAUACUUGAUUUAUGGCCGUCCCUUUCCUCGGAUUAACUUUUCUACUCUACUACUUAUUCCAGCAACGAAAGGCAACCUCGUGUUUUAAUUCUCCCCUCACUCAAUCAUUGCUCAGCUUCAAUUCUAAAUCUGACGUCCACUGCCAGUUUUCCUGUUCCGCAGUUUCUCUGAAUCCGAGGCUCGGCCUCGGCUUUUGUAUUUCUCCAGAAAGAAUUAGGUGGCCAAAAUUAAGAGAAAGGAUACGGCUGCCAUUUGAGGCAGCUGAUGUGGGCAAAAAAGACAUUUCGGCCGGAGUUCUCGUUGCUUUCAACUCCACGCAAGCACAAAGGACCGGCACCAACCGGUAUUUCGUCGAUUCCCAGCUUUUUUGGGCCUCUAAAACCUCCAUAAACCCGAGCCAUCUCCUUCGAACUAGCUCUUGCUCAGUUUUUCUCCUCGGAUCGGAGCUUUUCUCAAGCAUCCGGAAGUCUCCCUGUACUCUUCCGUCUAGAGCCUGUGUCCUAACACUGAAGUUUGUACCCCAAGAAUUUCAAAAUAUACAAUUCAUAUUCCAAUGCCUGUCGCCGCGAAGCUUCCUUCUUCUGCUAAAUCUGUUUCUAAACCGCGAGCCAUUCUAGGACCCGCUGGGAACAGAGUUCGGGUUUCCGAAGUUCAGAAGCGCAACAACGACUGUCUCAAGAAUCCACGGCGUCCGAGAAAGCAGAUGCCAGAAAUUCCGCAGUCCGUUGUUACCAGUAAUGUGUCUACCGACAGCACAUGCUCCUCCGAUUCUUCGAGCAACUUAUUGGCAAAAAAUGUUGCUUCUAGAAGGACCGUGAGGCGUAAUGGGUUAAAGCCGGUAAAGAUUGAGCCGGAUGGUGCCGUUGAGGCGGCAUUUUCUCCCACGGCUUCAAGUCCGUCCAAUAGGUGUGAUUGGGUCACUCCAAAUUCUGCAGAUCCUCUUUAUGCUGCAUUCCACGACGAAGAAUGGGGUGUUCCAGUUCAUGAUGAUAGGAAGCUAUUCGAGCUGCUUGUAUUUUCACAAGCCUUGGCAGAACUGAGUUGGCCAGCAAUUCUUAAUCUUAGAGACGUAUUCAGGAAGCUCUUUGAAAACUUUGACCCAUCGUCCGUUGCUCAGAUUACGGAAAAGGAGUUGUUAGCAUUGAAAAUAAACGGCAACCCAUUCCUAUCAGAACCAAAACUCCGUGCCAUUGUGGGAAACGCUAACCGAUUACUCAAGGUACAACAGGAGUUUGGUUCGUUCGGCAACUACUGCUGGAGAUUUGUGAACCAUAAGCCUAUAAGAAAUGAAUUUCGGUAUGGACGUCAAGUGCCUGUAAAAACUCCUAAAGCAGAACUCAUUAGCAAGGAUCUAAUGCGCAGAGGUUUUCAAUGUGUGGGGCCUACUGUAGUGUAUUCGUUCAUGCAAGUAGCAGGACUCGUUAAUGAUCAUCUGAUAACGUGCUUCAGGUACCAUGAGUGCAAUGUGACGACAAAAAAGGAACUUAAAACUCAGGUUGAGGAGAAGAAGGUUCGAAAUGAAACAACUUUAGAAUAGGCAAUCAAUGGGAGGAGAUACUCCAAGGUUACUUUCUGAUGCCCCAAGGUUGUGAUUUUCUCCCUUGCUUUGUUAACUUGCUGCUUGUCACCUAAGCUAACUAGAAAAUAAUUGAUCUUGCUUUGCCCUUUGAUGCUUCA